AGUGGCAAAACCUAUUUACUUGAAUUACAUAGUGUAUGUAAACUUAAAAGCAUUAUUUCAGAUCUAGUUAGUUCAACUAAUUAAGCCAAAUGAUGCUGCUGCUUCUUUUUUGUUUUUGUUAAUGACUAACACCGCACCGACUUGUUACUUUUAAUCAACAUUACGUCUCGCUGAAGCUAGUAAAACUUUAACGUACCUGAAAAUGUAAACAGAAUCUAUUUCCUCUUUCGCUUCAAUUAUGACUACUUGGACAUCUUUACAUAGUCCUGGGACCUCUAGGAAGUCUCAUAACCGGCGCAUGAGACACAGGACUCUAACAGACACGCGUGUCAUUCUCUAUGACAUGACUGUUCUAAAAGAUGAAGGAGAUGAUCCAAAGAAUGCUAUAUUAUAUUACUAUCCAGAAACGAUAGAUGAAACUGAACUUUGUAACAUAUUUGGUCAAUUGAUGGGAAUGAUUGAUAUCCACGAAAAUUACUUGAACUCGCCUCCACGUUCAAUUUACCUUUAUCGAGGAAUGUAUGUGUUCAAGCAUUUCAAAGAAUAUCGGUUGGUCCUUGGAAGUACUCAAAGUCAGAAUGAAUCUGCUCUGUUAUAUCAACUUCAGUUAUUGUAUGAAGUGUUCUGCUUACUACAAGGAAACUUAAAAGAUGUGAAAAAGAAUAUCACUGGCAGAGAUCACGAGGAUUUCUUGAAUAAGUUGAAAUGUGUUUUUGACAGUUAUUUACCAUUAUGUUUCCAAUAUGAUAGUGUUAUUGAACAUUCUUUUCGGACCAUUCCAUCAUUCAAGAUCCCUAAAUGGAUAAAUAUUUGCAUUAAAGUGGUGUACUCACAACUUCCUCUCCAACUAACCAGAACCCUUGCUGCAAUUCAUGCAGAUCUACACAAUCUUGAGAGUGAAUCAGUUGAUAUAGGUUCUGUACCAGAAGGUGGGAGCUUGACAAAACUAUAUGUAUCUUCUGAUAUCUAUACAAAAUUGUAUGAAACAACACUACUUCCUAAUUCUCAACAAUGCAAUGAUUCUAGAAGAUUUUCUGUCACAACUGCCAAUACAGCAGAGAUUAGUUCAGCAUCCAAACCAUUGAUUAAAUCAGCUUUGAGGCCCUCAAAGAGUUUAGAAGUAAAAACAUCAGAAAGUGAGACUGAUGAUGACCUUUUGGUGAGAGAUGACAGUGUAGAAUCUGAUGACAAGGAAUCUGCUGCCAAGGCCCUUGCUGAGCAGACAAAAGCCCGGGCUGCCUAUUUCACUCUCAUUUCAGAUUCUACCUUUGAUUCUGAUACUAUACAUUCAAGGACUUCUCUGAAAGAUCUACAACAUUUGCGUACAGCUAGUAUUAGUCUGGACGUUGGAGAAACAUGGCCUGUUAUUAACGUACGUGUGAACAGCAAAUAUGAAGAGGAUGAUGCUGCACUAGAAGAAGAAAAAUCUGAUUUGCAGAGAAAAAAUUCAAAACCUCAGAGUCCAAAAGAUAACACAGAUGAAAAACUACUAAUUCAAUUCAAGAAUCGACCAGCUAGUAUCAGCCAAAUAGAAGAUGUUACUGCAAGUAAAAUAAAGUCUUCAAAUAAGAAAACAUACACUUCCGAUUCUUCUGCUGAGGAGACAAGAGAUCCAUCAAACGCCCUAGCUGCAGACGGUUGUCCAUUAAAUGAUGAAAAUGCCAUGUAUGGCUCUAUGUUGUCCCUUUUGUCAAAGCAAAGUGGGAAGAACAGCAUCAAGCCAGCAUUUGUUCCAAAGCCAAGUCUGCCCGAAUGUUCUACUUGUAUCGGAGAUGAAUGUGACUUGAUUCUCUAUGUGCAGAAUAACUCUGAGAGUUCUUCUAUGUUACUGAUGGAGCCUUCUGUUUGUAACAUGGAGAUGAUACAGACAUUGUGGAAGAUUAUCCUUCCAAAGCUUGGAAACUUGGAUUACCAUUUUAAGAAAAUGGAUCAACAUCCUAAAGCAGAAUCUCUCCGAAAACAAGUUAUGAACAGCAUUGUCCUCGAUAAUGUCCAGCAACAGCUUACAGGUUAUGAACGACAGAAACAUCCAAUGGUUGAUGCUGAACUGGAAAAAAUGUUGUUAGAUAUCCAUAAUACUUUUGAAUCAUAUUCUACAGCAACAGAUAUAACAUUAGGAAGUCAUUGUGCUUGCACUUACGGACACAAAAACCCAGCAAUAGAAGCAUUUUUCCAGAAAUCUUUUGAACAAAGUCUUGCUUUUUCUCCUCAAGCAAGUAAUAUGAUCUUUAUAAUGGAAACGCUGGCUCGGAACCAUUUAAGAGAUGAUAAAGAACUUGUAUUGGUCUGAUUUUCAAGACCGUGUUUUGUUUUUGUUUUUGUUCCAAAGCUUAAUUAUUUAACCUAAGAUUAUCUCUUUUAAAUUGUCCUUCAAACCUUGCAAACGUUUGUAGUCUUUUGAUAUGCAGUUUUAUUUUAUACUUAAAAAUUCAAAAUAUUUAUGAAUUUUCAAUAAAAUAUUUAAAAACC